UUACAGGCGUAACAUAACAUCUUCAAGACUUCAUAAAAACUUAAGGAACAGAUACUUAUGGUUUUUGAGUGAAUUUCGAUCCGAGUUUUGAUCGGUAAAACUUACGUUUUAAAACGAUUUUCUGACAGUUACAGCCAUUGUUAGGGAGACGCCAGCGUGUCGUCAUUUGUUAUGGUCACGUGGUACAAGACCGCUGCUUGUUGGCAAGAACCAGCAGUAACAUAACGGCUUGCUACGAGAACGGUAUCGGGUUUGAAACAAAUACGUAAAGUUAUCGCUUUUCAUGAAUGAAAUUGCACAUGUAUUUACCACAAUGGUAAUAUCGUGUGUGGUUGUUGGUUGUACGAAGCGUUUUGAGAAGGUAUCAGGCUUGAAAUUUCACCGAAUACCGAUUUCAGGAGAGAGAAGAUGGCGGUGGCUUCAGCCAUCAACAGGAAAGCAGCAGAGAUCGUAUUUGUGGCUCCCACUUUUCUUCAGACAGGAGCACAGUAUGGAAGGCGAAUGAUGACUGGUUACCUGUCUUCAAAAGGAAUCCAAGCAUCUGAGGGACGUGUUGGUAGUGUCUUGAGACAAGUUAACCAACCAUAUCAUGCUGAUCGUUGUCUGAGAUUGAGGAACCUGAAUCCAGUGCCGUACAGUGCUGAAUACAUGGGUCACAAACUGCACUUGGAUCAAAAUGAAAAGCUGGUGAUGUUUGGGGUGACACAUGUCCUCGCUGUAGAUGGUUUCUCCAGCAAAAUUGUCAGCCAUUCAACAAUGCCUGUCAAAAACAACCUGACAAUAUAUCAAGAGGUGUUCAGAAAUGCGGUCCUGCAGUACGGCAUGUGGGACCAGAUCCGUGUAGACCACGGAAAAGAGUUCUACUUGACCCUCUUCAUGCAGGAGAAACUGGCAAGCCACAGAAAUAACACAGUGAGGCAGCCAUAUUUGCAAACGGCGUCAACACAGAAUCAUAUUGUUGAAAGGAUGUGGGCAGAAGUCAACAACAGAGUGAACUACCCACUGAAAACGGCUCUCCUCCAGCUCGUAGACCAGGAGGAACUUGACAUGGAGGACAACGUGACACGAUACUGUGUCUCCACACUCACAUGUCAGGUAGCAGAGCUUGGACUUGGUCGGAUGGUGCAGUCCUGGAAUGCACACAGGAUCCAAGGAAAAGGUUUUCCAAAUCAACUGGCUCUGGGUGGAUGCCCAAAGAAACUGCCGGCAGAUUGUUUGCCAGAGGCUGCAGAAGCUGCACAAGCUUACCGCCAGGAAGUGGGGUCAUCGCUGACGCAAGUCUCCCUUUUUGGGAGAAACCCAUUCUCCACAGCUGAACAACAAACAGCAGCUGAAAAUGAAUUUGCACAGCAAUACUUGGACAUUUCUGUGCUCUACGACAAUGCUGUGAACAACAAUCCGACCAGUUAUCAAAGCGGGAUCAAGGACCUCAUCAACAUUGUAAAGAGAUAUGUGUAGAGAGAUCUGAAACGUCACCAACAUUUUUGUAACAUAAUGUUCUUCAUAUAUUUUU